CUGUGGUCGAUAAAAGACGUGUACCGUACUCAUACUCUUUCUCUUUGAUUUGUCUGUAAGUGCGAUAUAUGAUCGUGUUGACGGUUCGAUGAAUUUAAAAUCGUUGACUUUAAAUCGGACAGUUUGAUAACAAAAAAAUUUAUUCCGUUUUCACGUGAAGAGAUAAAAAAAAACCUCAAUUUUAUUUGUAAAGCGUGUGCCAAGUUUUUGUAAAUGAGAAAAUAAAACGAAUGAAUAUGAAUUUCGUAUUAUUGUUGAUAUUUGCUGGGAUCGGCGGUUCUUUGACCGCCGACAUUCUGAUGGUGACAAUGGGUGGAACUAAAUCGCACAAGAUCCCAUUUCUUGAGCUGGCCAAAGGUCUUAUUCCAAGAGGGCAUAACAUAACAUUCUUGAGUGGAUUUCCAGCUGACUACAGUGACAGCCGAUUGCAUGAGAUAACACCAGCUGGUUUGUCGGAGUACAUACAAAAUUAUACAAAUUGGGAUUUGGUUGGGCUGCGAAUGGAUGGCAAAUUGCCAUACAGUGUUUGGGAUGUGAUGCGUUUUGCAUUUGAGUCUUGUGAUGCAAUGCUCAACGAUGCUGAAACGAAGAAUUUGCUGAAUCGACACUUUGAAUUGGUAAUAUUGGAUGGAGCGUUUCCGGAAUGUGCCGUCAGUUUGGUGCAUGCAUUCCGUGCACCAUUCAUGAUGAUCAACACAGUCGGAUUGUAUACAGGCAGUUUAUCGUUGGCUGGCAAUCCAACACCAUUUUCAACGACCCCAAUCUUCUUCAGUUCAUUCACCGACGAAAUGAAUUUGUAUCAACGAUUCCUGAACACUAUGUACACACUGUUCGCCUAUUCAGUUCAUCGGGUAUCGAUGUUAUUGUUGCAAUCGGUCGUUCGGAAUCAUUUGGGCGGUGAUGUACCGAAUGUGUAUGAUUUAACGCGUAACGUUAGUUUUAUACUGCAAAAUGGCCAUUCAAGUGUAUCAUAUUCACGACCAUUGCUACCAAACGUUGCAGAAAUUGCGUGCAUCCACUGCAAACCGGCUCGACCAUUGCCAAAAGAACUAGAAGAAUUCGUCAUGGGUUCCGGUGAGUCCGGUUUUAUUUAUGUGUCGAUGGGUUCGUCGGUCAAAGCGGCUAAAAUGCCAGAACAUUUGCGGAAAUUAUUCAUCCGUACAUUUGCCCAAAUUCCAUAUAGAGUGAUUUGGAAGUAUGAUGGUAGCGUUGCCGACAUGAAGGACUUGCCGUCAAAUGUAAAAAUCGGAGCCUGGUUACCACAGCAAGACCUACUCGGUCAUCGAAAGUUGCGUGCGUUUGUUACACAUGGUGGGCUAUUAUCAAUGUUUGAAAGUGUUUAUCAUGGUGUACCGCUCGUUACGAUGCCUGUAUUCUGUGAUCAUGACGUUAAUGCUGCCAAAGCGGUGGCCGAUGGAUACGCACUUCGGCUCGAUUUGGAAACCUUGUCAUCGGAUAAAUUGAUCAAGGGCAUCUUAAAAGUGAUCCACGAUGAACGCUAUCGACAAGCGGUUAAGAAACUGCAACGGUUUUUAUUAGAUCAAAGGACAACGCCGCUUGACACAGCCAUUUACUGGACAGAAUACGUACUUCGUCACAAUGGCGCAUAUCAUUUGCAAUCACCGAGUCGAAACUAUAGUUUCGUUCAGUAUUAUCUAUUAGAUGUGGUCGCACUGUUCAUCGCAAUUGUUGUUAUCACAGCAUAUAUUGUGCGGCGAAUACUACGGUUUGAAGGCAACAGUAAAGUGAUCAAUAGUCUGCUGAAACCGGUUCACAUGAAGGUUCAUAUGAAACAAAAAAUGUAUUAAGGUUCGAAGUAAAACAAACAAAUACGCCACUCAACGGUCAUCGAAGAAAU